AUAUGUAGAUAAGUACAUCUACAGACACAAGCCACACAUAGAGGAGAAGGAGAAGCAAAACAAAACAAAAUAAUAAAAACAAAAUAAAAAGAAAAAUUCGUCAUUACACAACCGCACCCUCUCUCUCUCUCCUUCUUUUGUUGCCUUCCUGUUCUGAGAUCUCUCUCUCUCUAAUAAGCUUUUCUUUGUUACUGUGUUUGAGGCCAUGCCCUUAUCCUUUGAAAAAUUUCAAGGGGAGGGGGUGUUUGGUGUUUCUUCUUACUACACAGAUUCUCACAAAAUCCGGUUUAAUCAAAACAAAACCGGAACCGAAGAAGAAGAAGAUCUUGGUUAUGUUUUCCGUGGUGGUUUACAAGAACCGACGUCUGUUCUCGACGCUUUAAGGAGCCCUAGUCCUCUCGCUUCUCACUCUUCAACCACCACCAACACGACGCUGUCUUCCUCUCACGGCGGUGGUGCCGUCACCGCCACCGCAAUCGCCGGUGAUGAUAAAUGUAGCCAAAUGGGUUUAGACGACCUCGAUGGAGUCCUCUCUGCUUCUUCACCUUCUCAAGAACAAAGCAUCCUGAGGCUUAUCAUGGAUCCGGGUUCAGGAUUCGGCGUUCUCGACCCGGGUUUCGGAUUCGGAUCCGGGUCAGCUCCGGUUACUGAUGGUUCUAACCAGUUGUUACCUUGCAGCUUCCCGUUUCAUGACCAAACUCAAACUCACCAGAUUGCGAAUCCAGAAGCGUUAUUCUCUAACCCUCCCCCGGCCAAACGGUUUAAUUCCGGAUCUCAUCAACCGGUUUUCCCAUUCUCCGAUCCGGUUCAACUAUACCAGUUUCCGGUUCAGUUUCACCAGCAACGAAUCCCGUCUUCAGCGGCGGCUUUGGCUCCGGUUCCGCCGCCGGGAAUAGCUGUGGAUGACCAGUCAGUCAUCAUCGAACAGCUCUUCAACGCGGCGGAGCUAAUAGCAACCACCGGCGACCACCACACCAUUCUCGCGCAAGGGAUAUUGGCGCGGCUCAAUCACCAUCUCAGCACUAGCUUCAACAACAACAACAAGAACCCUCCGUUUCAGAGAGCAGCUUCUCACAUCUCCGAAGCUCUCCUCUCGCUCGGAGCACCAACACAACCCUUACUCACCCCCGAGAAUCUCAUCCUCAGAAUCGCAGCUUACAGAGCCUUCUCCGAAACGUCGCCGUUUCUCCAGUUCGUCAACUUCACAGCCAACCAAUCGAUCCUCGACUUAGGCUUCGACCGGAUCCACAUUAUCGACUUCGACGUCGGAUACGGAGGACAGUGGUCGUCUUUAAUGCAGGAGCUCGCGAGAAACAGAGGCUCGUCUCUGAAAGUAACGGUCUUCGCUCCUCCUCCGUCGACGGUCUCCGACGAGUUUGAGCUCAGAUUCACAGAGGAGAAUCUCAGAAGCUUCGCCGGAGAACUCAAGAUUCCGUUUGAAAUGGAGCUGCUGAGCCUCGAGCUUCUUCUGAACCCAGCUUACUGGCCUCUCUCUCUCCGUUCAUCGGAGAAAGAAGCUGUCGCGGUGAACCUUCCUAUAAGCUCCGUUGUCCCCGGUUACCUUCCGUUAAUCCUCCGUUUUCUCAAACAGAUAUCUCCAAACGUCGUCGUUUGCUACGACAGAGGAUGUGACCGCAACGACGCGCCGUUUCCUAACGCUGUGAUCCACGCGCUUCAGUACCACACCACUCUCCUCGAGUCUCUCGACGCCAAUCAAAGCCAAGAGGAUUCGAGUGUUGAGAGGUUUUGGGUGCAGCCUUCUAUCGAGAAGCUUUUGAUGAAACGACACCGUUGGAUUGAAAGAUCUCCGCCGUGGAGAAGCUUGUUUACACAAUGUGGGUUUACUCCGGCGAGUUUGAGUCAGACCGCGGAGACUCAGGCGGAGUGUUUGAUGCAGAGGAAUCCGGUGAGAGGGUUUCAUGUUGAGAAAAGACAGUCUUCGCUUGUCAUGUGCUGGCAAAGGAAAGAACUUGUUAGCGUCUCUGCUUGGAAUUGUUAGAAGAAACCAGAUGCAUCUCAGCUAGUUUUCAUGUUUUUAAUGAAUUUAAUCUCUCUUUUAUUUUCUAAAAAUGUUGUUAUGUUGUUCAAUGUUUUUUCUUAGUUUCAACUGUGGUGUUGACAUUUGAAGGAAGUAAGGAUAUAUAAUCAAAAAUCUCCUUUUAUUAGA